CUACAGCCCCAGGUAACACCAGCACCUCCCAGACAGCAGGGGCGCUGCGCUGCGCGGAGCUUUCCGUUAGGCCUUUUCAGUACACGUCAUGCAAACGGCAGCUUGAAGCUUCUGAGCUUGCUCCCCUCAAUCUCUUUCAAUACCUGCGGUUGGACGACCAGUGAACGAUGACGAAGAUGCUGCACUUGUUUGUGGUCCUGUCUCUGUUCAGUCUGGGCUCAGGAGAAGAGGGAGCCCGUUUGCUGGCUUCUAAGUCACUGCUGAACCGCUAUGCUGUGGAGGGCCGUGAUCUCACCCUGCAAUACAACAUCUACAAUGUGGGCUCCAGUGCUGCUCUGGAGGUGGAACUUUCAGAUGAUUCUUUUCCUCCUGAAGACUUUGGAAUUGUUUCAGGAAUGUUGAAUGUCAAAUGGGACAGGAUUGCACCAGCCAGCAAUGUCUCUCACACAGUUGUGCUGCGCCCCCUGAAAGCUGGUUACUUCAAUUUCACCUCUGCAUCUGUCAGCUACCUGGCCCAGGAGGGAGGUCAAGUUGUGGUUGGCUACACCAGCGCCCCAGGCCAGGGAGGCAUCCUGGCUCAGAGGGAGUUUGACCGCCGCUUCUCCCCACAUUAUCUGGACUGGGCUGCAUUUGGUGUGAUGACUCUGCCCUCCAUUGGCAUCCCUCUGCUCCUGUGGUACUCAAGCAAAAGGAAGUAUGACUCUCCAAAGGCCAAGAAGAACUGAGAAGGCACCGCUGCGGUGCUUAAGGCUGGGGCUAGGGGUUUGGUAGGCAUGGAAAUCAAAGGGUUAAGUGGGCACAAGAUCGCUGAAAAUGUUAAUAACCCAUAUUGGGGUGAAAGUUGAAAGAAGCUGAAAGUACAGUGACCAAGAUGUGAUUUGAUCAAAGAAGAAGUAAGAUGAAGCAUGUACAUGAAAGCUCUCUGUUCCCAUCUGCAGCGAAUGACCUGAGUUCUGCCGACUGCUGGUCAUUCCUUCAUAUUUGCAAAUGGGUUCAUAUGACAGAACAGUUACACUGGCAGUUACUUCUUUAACAGGUUUUCGCAGUUUUGUAAUUGUGUAUGUAAUGAACUGAAUUCAGAUUUCAAGUUUAUAGCCAGUUGAUGAACUGCAAAAUAAAUUAAUAAAAACGACCUUGGUUUUUCUA